GGUACGAGUGAAAUCCUCUCUCUCCCUCAGAUGCCAUUCAUUAUUAUCCCCUCCUCCCCUCACUCUCUUCCAUGUUUUUGCUGACUUAAGAAUCUCUACUCUCCUUGUCUUCUUCCUCCCUUGUCUCGGAUCUCCAUGCUCAUCCGUUACAUCCGCAAAUUUUCAACCCCGGUUCUCGAUAUUUUUCACCCUCCCAAUUGCAGAAUCUGAAGUGCCACUGGAGACAUGAUUUCAUGAUUAACUGGAAUUUUUUACUGCACCUGAUUUGACAAGGGGAAAUUAAUCUAUGUUCUUUGCAUUUUUAUGUGCUGGUUGCUUUGUUAUGAUUCAAACUUCCACUCCAUUAAAAUGAGCUUGUGGAUGGAAAUGCUUGGAUUGAGUUAAUCCAGAGGCUGUAAGAGUAAACAUGUCAUCAAGUGACAUUUGCAGUCACUGGUGUUAUAGCUGUAGGCAAUCAAUACAUGUAACAAGACAAAGCAUGACCUGCCCAAACUGCCAUGGAGGGUUUGUGCAAGAUCUUGAUGAGAUGCGGGCUGUCGAAAUCGAAUACGAUGAAGACAACAACCACCACAGGCCGAGGUUCAUCGAAGCCAUCUCUGGGUUCUUGAGGCGGCAAAUGUCGUCCUCAAGAACAACACAUAGGCAGGUACCACCGCCGGAACAGAGUAACUCCUCUUGGGAUCCAUUGCUGAUCUUCAGCGGCGAUGUGCCAAUUAAUGGAGGAGUUACUGAGUUUCUCAAUGAGGCUCUUGGAUUCAGAAGAGAACAUGGUGGCGAUUAUUUCAUUGGUCCUGGAGUGGAGGAAUUUUUUGAAGAUGUCAUAAGUAGCAGCAGCAGCAGCAACAACAACAACAACCGGUCUGUCCCAGCGCCAGCCUCAAGAGCUUCAAUUGAAUCCCUUCCUAUAGUCUUUAUAUCAAGGAAGCAUGUCCGGUCCGAUCUCCACUGUCCUGUUUGUAAAGAUAAGUUCGAAAUGGGAACCAAAGCGAGAACCCUUCCUUGCGAUCAUUUAUAUCACUCGGAUUGUAUCAUCCCGUGGCUCCAACAACGCAAUUCUUGCCCGGUAUGUCGCCAAGAGAUGCCAUCUGAGAGAUCAAGUGGUGGUGGGGGUGAUUGUGAUUACCAUAAUAACCCCAUGAGUCAAAGUAGGAGCAGCAGUCGCAGCAGCAGCAGCAUGAGAUUGCAUGAGAGAGGAAGAAGGGAGGGUAGGAGGAGAAUGUGGUCUUUCUUAUGGCCAUUCGGUUCGUCUCGCUCCCGUGCACUCCAUAAUGCAGUGCCUGAAACCAACUUGGAGACCACCACAUACCAGCAGCAGGAUAGUCAUCACUAUGAUAGUGAGUACUCUAAUUGGCCAUUUGAUUAAGAGAGAUGUGCUCGCUUUAGUCGAUCCUCUAUGCAGUAUUACCCUUUCUGCCCUUGAAUAUACUCGGUUUGAUAUACAUGCCCAUACUCUAGUAGGACUCAAUAUUGCCCUAUUUUGAGCCUAAAUUGCAUAGUCAAGAACGAAGCCGAAAAGAAAGCUGACGACUAAAUAGAAAAACAUUAUUAUAUAGUUGGGGGACUAAAUCGAGUAUUAACGUACUCUUUGAGAAAUCAAGGCUAGGUUUGUGGGCAUCCAACAAUCUUGUACAUUUCAUAUUCUUUCUUUUCUUGUGACAAUAAUGUUGUUGUAUAACAUGAUGUCUUGGAUAUGGUUCUUGUCUCGUUCCUCAAAAACUUCAUCAAUACGCUGCCAAUUUCAGCCUCCUUCAACAACUAGAUCUGAGACCAUUUGGAUAUACCUCCUCCCUGGAUUGGGCGUCACUAUUCAAGGGUAGCAUUUAUCUCCAAGCCAAGGAUCCUCCCAAAUGCGUAUACUAGAGCAUGUUCCUACUUUCCAACGAGCUCCAUUUUGAACAAAAGGGUUGAGUUUCA